AUGGAGUCCCGCCGCCUUCGUUUCGAUGCGGAGGGCCGCCCGAUCGAGUUCAGUACCUGGCAGCGCCAGGCCACGCGCUACCUCACUAGUCAGCGUCAGGACGGCGCCACCCUGUGGGCCCACGCUUCUGGUGCCCUCAAGGCGCCCCUGCCUCCCGACCCCCUCCCGACCGACCCGGAGCCGACUCCUGCGGCGCAGGCGGACUACGACCGUCGUGUCUUGGCAAGGGACGUGUGGGACUCUCGCGACGCUGCCACUGCUCUUGCGCUGACGGAGCUCCUCCCACCGACUGAGGCCGUCCACUUUACCCAGGUGGAUACUGCGCAGGGGAUUUGGGAUGCUGUUGUUGCGAACUAUUCCACCCCUUCCUCUGCCUCCCUCAGUCGCCUCCUCAUGCCGUUCGUGUUUCCCGACCUUGGCUCGUUUUCGACUCUUCUUGUUGCUCCCCCCCCCCCAUGUGGCUCACUGUGCACUGGUUAG